AUGGCAUCCUCGCCAACCAAUGUCUCGGCCGACAAAGUCAGUCUUGAAGAAUUCAAUCAAUUGCUUGCGCGAUAUCCGUCUGUUAUACAAAGAAUCUCCGAUGAAAAGGGUGUCAAAAAUGGCCAAAAGUCACUCAAGGUGCUCGAUGAAUUUCGAUACAACGAGGCAUUAGAUAACUUUGAUGCCGGUAAAAGAAUCCGCCCAAUGACACUUGACGACAUCAAGACCCUUGUUGAGUGGAAGUUGCGUCAUGGGAAAUUUAGGCCAACACUUAUGAAACUGGUCUCAUCUAAUGGCCCAGAUGGUGCCCAGGAUGUCAUCAAGCAAGCUCUUGAAAUCUACGACGAAAAGGCAGACACCGUGGCGACUCUAGAUGUGUUAACCAAGCUUCGAGGCAUUGGCCCCGCAACGGCAUCUUUACUCUUAGCAGUCCAUGAUGCAAGUCGGGUCAUCUUCUUUGCCGACGAGGCUUUCUGGUGGCUAUGCUGCAGCGGCAAGCAGAGCCCUAUCAAGUAUAAUGCUAAGGAGUAUCGCAUGCUAUGCUCCGAAGUUGACGACUUGCGGAAUAGGCUUGCCGUGAAAGCAAGUGACAUAGAAAAGGUUGCAUAUGUCUUGAUGAAGCAACCGGACCAAACGGAGAAAUCGCAUGAUGCUGCACCUGUCAAGAAGGAGAAAGAGAGCGCAUCGGCAACGGCAACAGCGCCGGCAAAGAAGAGGAAGGCCGUUUCAAAAGAGUCCAAGAAGGUGGACGAUGCCAUCAAAGAGCAGCCUUCACUCCGUCGAUCGAAACGUGUCAAGUCCUAG